CAGGCCUGGUGUGAGAGCUCUCCCCGGAGCCCUCAAGAACCUGUCCUAACUCAUCCCCCGCUGGGCACCUGCCAGGGCUGCGCUCUCAGGAUGACGGCCGCCCUCCAGCGCCUGCUGCUGUGUCUGAGUCUCCUGGCGGCCAGGAUGUGCGCCUGGGGCGGCCAGCUGGGCAGCGAGGGCAGCAGGCGGGACAAGCUCUUCCUGCCCGGCUUCGAGAACCUCACCGCGGGGUACAACAAGUUUCUCAGGCCCAGUUUUGGCGGGGAAGCCGUGCGGGUGGCCCUGAACCUGGACAUCGCGAGUAUCUCCAGCAUCUCGGAGAGCAACAUGGACUACACGGCCACCAUCUACCUCAGGCAGCGCUGGACGGACGAGCGGCUGGUGUUCGAGGGCAACCAGAGCUUCACGCUGGACGCGCGCCUGGUGGAGUUCCUGUGGGUGCCUGACACCUACGUCGUGGAGUCCAAGACCUCCUUCCUGCACGACGUCACCGUGGGCAACAGGCUCAUCCGCCUCUUCGCCAACGGCACCGUGCUGUACGCACUCCGAAUCACGACGACCGUGGCCUGCAACAUGGACCUGUCCAAGUACCCCAUGGACACGCAGACCUGCAAGCUGCAGCUGGAGAGCUGGGGCUACGACCAGGACGACGUGGAGCUGAGCUGGCUUCGAGGCAACGACUCGGUGCGCGGCCUGGAGAACCUGCGGCUGGCGCAGUACACGGUCCAGCAGUACUUCACCCUGGUCACCACGUCCCCGCAGGAGACAGGCGUCUACACGCGCCUGGUCCUGCAGUUCGAGCUCCGCAGGAACGUCCUGUACUUCAUCCUGGAGACCUACGUCCCCUCCACGUUUCUGGUGGUGCUGUCCUGGAUCUCCUUCUGGAUCUCCCUGGACUCUGUCCCCGCGAGAACCUGCAUCGGCGUGACCACGGUGCUGUCCAUGACCACGCUGAUGAUCGGGUCCCGCUCGUCCCUGCCCAACACCAACUGCUUCAUCAAGGCCAUCGACGUGUACCUGGGGAUCUGCUUCAGCUUCGUGUUCGGGGCCCUGCUGGAGUACGCCGUGGCCCACUACAGCUCGCUCCAGCAGCUGGCGGCCAAGGAGCGGGGGGCGGCCAAGGAGGAGGAGGAGGUCCACAUCAGCAACAUCAUCAGCAGCUCCAUCUCCAGCCUCAGGCGCAAGAUCAGCCUGGCCAGCAUCGAGAUCUCGGGGACCAACAGCGACUACCGCGACCUCACCAUGAAGACCAGCGACAAGUUCAAGUUCGUCUUCCGGGACAAGGUGGGCAGAAUCGCGGAUUACUUCACGAUUCAGAACCCCAGCAACGCCGACCGCUACUCCAAGCUGCUCUUCCCGCUGAUGUUCAUGCUCACCAACGUCUUUUACUGGGCCUACUACAUGCAUUUCUGAGCGGGGACCGCGUGGCGGCAGAACGGCGGCCUGUCCCGGAGGCCUCAGCCAUGCACACGCCCGGGCUGAUGGGCAGCUGGGCGUCGCUCCCCAGAGAAGGGACCCUCCCCCGUGAAGCCCCUAGUGUUGCAGAAAAGUCAGCCCCUUCCUUUUCUCGACUUUACCAAAGAUAUGCCAUGAACCCCGAGAGCACAGACCAACUCACCUGGCCUGCCUUCCCCUCCAGUGAGAAACAAGGAGACGCCCAGGUGGGUUAGUCACACACACACACACACACACACAGAGACACACACACA